AUGUCCCAAAGCGUCCCAGCAACAGACCCCGCUGUCUACGCGGAAUACGAAUCUAAAUGGUCCAAUCUUCCCAACACGGAAGAAGCAUGGCUGGCUAGAGCCCGCGAAGUGUCCGAGGUCCUAGCCAAAGAUGCUGCCCAAAGAGACCAGGAGAACAAGUCCCCGCGGGCCGAAGUAGCUCUGCUUAAGCAUUCCGGUUUGACCAAGGUUCUUGGUCCUAAGAAGUAUGGCGGCGGCGAACAACCCUGGACCGUGGGAUAUAAGGUAAUCAGAGAGGUUGCGAAAGCAGAUGGAUCCAUUGGUAUGCUGCUUGGCUACCAUCUGCUCUGGUCAACCACGGCCAAUGUCGUCGGCACACCUGAGCAGGCCGAGCGUACUCAUGAAUUGAUAAUCUCAAACAAUUACUUUGUCGGUGGCGCUGUGAACCCCCGCGAUAGUGAUCUGAAGAUCGUCUCCGAUGGGGAUCACAUCGUUUUCACCGGAAACAAGUUCUUCAACACUGGCGGCGUGGUUUCCGAUCUCACAGUUCUGGAGGGUGUCCUUGAGGGCACUCAAGAUCACAUUUUUGCCCUGGUCGAGACCCGUCAGGAUGGUAUUCAGUUUGCUCACAACUGGAACAAUAUCGGUCUACGUUUGACUGAGUCUGGAGGCGUUAAGAUCGACAAUGUUCGAGCUCCUUGGACUGACGCUCUUGGCUGGGACGCUUCUAGCAAGAAGCCUCGUGAUGAUACAUUGAAGAUUGCAUUUCCGACUCUACUCCUGCCAACCAUUCAACUGGUCUUCAGCAAUUUUUACCUAGGAAUUGCUCUUGGUGCGCUGGACUUCGCCUCCAAGUACACCACGACCUCUACGCGUGCUUGGCCCUUUGGAGGUGAUAAUAAGGACUCGCCAACGGAUGAGUUCUACAUCCUUGAGCGCUAUGGUAACUUUUUUGCUCAUCUGCGCGCCACAGAAGCACUUGCAGAUCGUGCAGGUGAUCAGCUCUCUGGGUUAUAUACUCGCUACCAAGUCGACAAGGCUGCUCUCACUCCUCGGGAGCGUGGAGAGGUUGCCGAGUGGGUGGCAAGUGUCAAGAUUGUCACCACUGAUGUCGGUCUGCGGGUGACUUCUGGUGUGUUUGAAGUGACUGGAGCCAGGGCUACGGCAUCCAAGGUUGGAUUGGAUCGAUUCUGGAGAGAUAUACGAGUGCAUACUCUUCAUGAUCCGGUGGCGUAUAAGAAUCGGGAAGUAGGACGAUAUGCACUUUUGAAUGAAGUGCCUGAGCCCAGCUGGUACACUUGA